UUCACAAACAAACAAAAACAAUAACAAAGCAGCAACAAAAACACAAUGAAUCAAUGAAUUGAAAAAGAAAUCCUAGGCGUGCAACAAAUGAUCUCGAAAUCAAAACACAGAAUUCCGUGCGUGUAAUUGUUCAAUUUCUAAUUGAAAACUAAGAUUAAAAAUGAAAAUUAAUUAAAAAAAAAAACAAUUAAAUAAAAAAUUAAAUUUUGAAAUGACUCAAAACGAAUGAGAACCAAAUACCAACAAAUAACAUUGCCAAAAACCGAAAAAAUCAGCAUUUGUUUCUUUUUAAAUAACAACAAUCAUACAUAAUCCAUACAUGAUUAAUAAAAUACAACAACAACACAUCAAAUCCUAAUCGACCUUUGACAUCGACAUUAAUUCAGAGAAAGUUGUCAAAAAAAAAUUCAAAUUAAAAAGGCCAAUCGAACCCUGUGUUGCGCGCCACUUACGACGGUGCAAAGCAUUGAAAAUUGGAUACAAAACCAACAACAAUAUUAUAGAGUGACUUCAUAUGCCAUGUAAAUAUAUUUUGAGUGGCAGUUGUUGCUGUUCUUUUUUACACACAAAGUGUUCGCUUGUGUUGGGUGACACAAAAGGAUAAACUAUUUUUUAUUUAUAACACUUAUUUAACGGUAUCCUUUCAACCCACUGUGUGAGCAUUAUUAUUAACUCCAUAGCAAAAACGGCCGGUCAGCUAAGCUAGCCAGCAGUAGCAAGACGAGCAAGAUGGGCAAUAAAUGUUGCAGUAAGCGACAGGACCAGGAGUUGGCGCUCGCCUACCCGAGUGGGUAUAAAAAGUCAGAUUACACUUUCGGCCAAACGCAUAUAAACAAUAGUGGCCAAAAGCAUAAUAAUGGCGGUUCGCUGGACUCCCGUUAUACGCCAGAUCCGAAUCGUGGGCCGCUGAAAAUAGGCGCCAAGGGCGGCGCGGAUAUCAUACGUCCGCGUACAACACCAACUGGUGUACAAGGUGGUUUACCUAAGCGACGUGUCGUUGUCGCCCUAUACGAUUACAAGUCGCGCGAUGAGUCUGAUUUGAGUUUCAUGAAGGGCGAUCGGAUGGAAGUAAUCGACGACACUGAAUCGGAUUGGUGGCGCGUAGUCAAUUUGAGUACACGUCAGGAAGGCUUAAUUCCGCUAAAUUUUGUUGCCGAGGAACGCAGCGUGAACAGUGAAGAUUGGUUCUUUGAAAAUGUUCUACGCAAGGAGGCCGAUAAGCUUUUGUUGGCUGAGGAGAAUCCACGCGGCACAUUUCUGGUGCGUCCCUCUGAACACAAUCCCAAUGGUUAUUCACUUUCGGUGAAGGAUUGGGAGGAUGGCCGUGGCUAUCAUGUGAAGCAUUAUCGCAUCAAACCGUUGGACAAUGGCGGCUAUUAUAUUGCUACAAAUCAGACAUUUCCUUCAUUACAAGCGCUGGUGAUGGCCUAUAGUAAAAAUGCGCUUGGACUUUGUCACAUACUCUCGCGUCCAUGUCCGAAGCCACAGCCACAAAUGUGGGAUUUGGGACCGGAAUUGCGUGACAAGUACGAAAUACCACGUUCCGAAAUACAGUUGAUUCGCAAAUUGGGCCGCGGCAACUUCGGUGAGGUGUUCUACGGCAAGUGGCGGAAUAAUAUUGACGUUGCAGUGAAAACGCUGCGCGAGGGUACCAUGUCGACACAGGCUUUCCUGCAAGAGGCAGCUAUAAUGAAAAAAUUUCGGCACAAUCGCUUGGUGGCAUUGUACGCCGUGUGCUCGCAGGAGGAGCCCAUAUAUAUUGUGCAAGAGUACAUGUCGAAAGGCAGCUUAUUGGACUUUCUACGUGAAGGUGAUGGCCGCUAUUUACACUUUGAAGAUCUUAUUUAUAUUGCAACACAAGUAGCAUCCGGCAUGGAAUAUCUCGAAUCAAAACAACUCAUACAUCGUGAUCUGGCCGCACGCAAUGUGCUAAUCGGCGAGAAUAAUGUUGCCAAAAUUUGUGAUUUCGGUUUGGCGCGUGUUAUUGCCGAUGAUGAAUACUGCCCAAAACAGGGUUCACGUUUCCCUGUCAAAUGGACUGCCCCGGAGGCGAUUAUUUAUGGCAAAUUUUCAAUUAAAUCCGACGUAUGGUCUUAUGGUAUACUAUUAAUGGAACUUUUCACCUAUGGGCAAGUGCCAUAUCCGGGAAUGCAUAGUCGAGAAGUUAUUGAGAAUAUCGAAAGAGGUUUUCGUAUGCCAAAACCAACAAAUCAUUAUUUCCCCGAUAAUAUUUAUCAUCUACUAUUACAAUGUUGGGAUGCGGUGCCGGAGAAACGACCAACUUUCGAAUUUUUAAAUCACUAUUUCGAAUCAUUUACUGUGACGUCAGAGGUGCCCUAUCGGGAGGUGCAGGAUUAAACUGGUGUAGCACACGAAAAUAUUGCCGUGAGUGCUGCAACAGGAUUAUUAUUGCCAGUGCAUACAUAAACAUAUACAUACGUAUAUACAAACAAACAAACAAAUAUAAAUUAACUAGAUUUAAUUUUAAGCCUUUUUAAUUGAAUUGAGUAGUAGAUGAUGUAAGAUCGCGUAUUUAAGAAAAUAAUAAAAUAAAUUAAAAAAAAAAUAAGAAAAAAUAAAUAAAUAAUAUUGGUGCAAAGCAGCAAAAUCAAGGUGCACUACGUAAUUUAAUGGCGCUCCGAAAAAAUGUAUUGUCAAUGAGUUGUUGUACCAAUUAAAAGACAACUUUUACAUUCAGAAAACAAAAAGAUACUGCUACAUGCUAAAAGCUAUUCUACAUUAUACACAUACGUUACAUAAGUAUGGUACUAGUAUGCUAUUUAUAUAUGUACGUACGUUUAUCGUAAGCAGUAUCUGAAAAAGAAAGAAAAAACAACAUAAAAAUAUUUUACAGUUGAUAAGCGAAAUCUUUUAUAAUUUAUAUAUAUAAAAGUAUUUAUGUAAUUUUAAGCUUAUGGCAAAUGAAUUGUGCUGUAUGAAAGUAAAGCAUUUAACAAUAUUUAAAUACAAUAUAAUAACUAAAAAUAAAAAAAUAAAAUAAUUAAAAACGCGGGUAGUCAGUCAACAGCAUUAGAAAUGAACAAAUAAGAUUUGUUCAAAUUUGGCAAAAAAAAGUAACAACAAAUUCGUGCGAAAAAUAGUAAUACAAUCUCUUAAUUAUUAAGUUUUACUAGCCGUCUCUACCUAUCAGUCUAUAUCUCUCGCUAUCCAGCUAAUUACUGAAAUUUACUUUUUUUGUUUUGGUUUGCACUAUUAUUUGCUUUGGAUUUUUAUAUUACUAUGAUUAAGUAAUUAUAGGAUUGUAAGUUCAUUGAAACCUUUUAAAUAAUUCGAAUUGAAUUUACUAUUACUCUUCCCACAUAGUGUACUUGUGCUUAAGUAUUAGUUUAGAUAAAUUGAGUUUAAGAAAUUUUUCAAGCUAAGAAAAUCAGCAAAAGCAGGCACUGCAUUUAUUAUAGACUGCGUAGUUUUGCGAUUUGUAUUUAAAGUGUAAAAAAUAAAUUGUCUUUACGAAAGUGA